UGCCAUUGCCAUUGCAACACCCAUAUCUUUCUGAAGCAUACACCUCUGCUCCAUCUCUUUGCAGUGUGCAUUCUGUUCCAGAGCUCUACCCAAAAUAAAAAAGAGUGAAGUUUUCUUCUGUUCAAACCAAAAUGAUCCAAGAGUGAUCUAUAUCUUGGCCUCGCCCUUGCACCUGGGACUGGAAUUCUUGGAGACAAUUCUUAUUUUCUCGGCAGCUGCUCUGAAGCUCAUCCUCGACUCUGUUCACCCUUGACGCUUGUACAGGGAGUGCAGAAAUCUGCGGCCGAUGGGUUAGAUAUAUGUUUGUUCUGGUCUUCUUAUGCUGGUAUUAGUUUUCUGUCAAGAAGUUCAACAUGUCCAAACAAUCAACUGAGCUCGGACUGGAUGUAAAGGACUUUGAUGAUGUUGUCAAACAACUAAUUGAUCUUCUGCGUGGAAGUGAUGGCACUGUAGAAGGGCAAACUAAAGCAUUUGCCCUUCGUCGGUGUGUCUUUGAGGAUCUGGGAUUAACUGCUGUUCUAACGAGUAUAGCCAAAGUCCUAAAAUCUGAAGUAUGUGAUGAUUCUGAAACGAGAAAGCAUUUUACCAGAAUUGUCCAUGCGGACUGCUCCUCCUGGAAAAACAGAAGGACCUUGCAGAGGGUAAUCGUUGAGGAGUUAAACCUUCACCAUGUAAUGCACAUAAUUGAUAAGCAGGAUGAAGAAGAUGAUUUCAAGGGGGUUGACAGCAGUUCUAGAGAAGAAAUUGCAAGUAUAAAAAGUAUGAUUAAUGAGUGUCUAAGAAAUGAAAGAUUUUUGAUAAUAUUUAAUUAUGGUGGAGUUGAAGAUAUUGAUCUGGUGCAAUUUGGAAUUCCACUUUUUGGUAAAGGUAAACUGUUAUGGACGAAUGGUAAAAGAUUUGAGGCCAUUGAGAGCGAUAAAGUCAAGUUGAUGCCCACUUGUGUUAAUAUUUAUAUUUCUAUCGAUGACACUGAAGAUAUAAAUGAAAAUCAAAAGACAAUGAUUCAUCGUGUAUUGCAUGAAGAUGCUGUUGGAGUGAUUGGUGACAUUGGUAUGGAUGGCAUCAACCCAGAAAUAGUUUUGGAUUGCUUCUUGUACACAUUGUUCCUGACAGCACAAAUACCUGAAAACUCUACUGAUGUUGACUAUGGUUGGGCUACUCAUGCUUGCAACUACUGGAUAUGUGAUGGAAUCCUUGGUGAGGAAAACAGUUGGGAGAUUGGCAAUGCAUUGUAUGGACUGAUACCGCGGUUGGCCAAUUCUACUGAUCAUGAUGCAAUGUUAGUUAAGUCAUUCUAUUUGGGUGAACGGAAAAAAUCCUAUAAGGGAUGGCAUUCAGUCACCUCUAGCAAACUAAGAGCAAAAGACAUCUCUAAUGUUCCUGGCAGUGCAUCAUCAUAUUUUUUAACAUGUCAGGGAGAUGGUCCAGUACAUGUACGUAAUGAUUUGUUUCAAGUAGCUAGCGGCAGCCUCCGUGUGCUAAAACUCUGCAACUGCAGCUUCGAUUUUGCAUCCCCUUCUUUCGGGUGCUGCCACAACCUAAGAUUCCUUUGGCUUGACCGGUGUGCAAACACAGGCCGGAAGAAGGAGCAAAGUGGAUGGCAAAGUUUUUCGAACCUGUUGGUGUUUGACUUGCAUUUCACAGCUUAUGGUUUGUGGCCUCAGAUUAUUGAAUCGAUGGCCAAUCUCAGGGAGCUAAAUACAAAGGGGAUCUCGUGGAAGACUAUGAGUCAUAGUUGGAAAAAGCUACAGAAGCUUCACAAGCUCCGGGUAACCAGAUCUUCAGAUGUGGUUACGGUGGACAGUUGCUCUUUUGUAGAUAUGAUGAACUUGGAGCUUCUUGACUUAUCCGGCAACACUCACAUGGAAUCACUGCCGACGUUGUCAUCGGCAAAAACCUUGAAGAUGCUUUCUCUUGAUGGUUGUUCCAACUUGGAGCAUGUUGCACUGGCCAUGGAAGCAGCACCACCACUACUUGAAAGCUUUAGCUUCGAUGCUUACUGUCCCGCAGAGAAUUGGGCACAUCCUGUACAUCUGCCCCAAGAGGACAUGCGCCUCAAAGCUCAUAUAGCUCCAAUUAAAACAGCCAAGGUGACCAAGAUCUCCCUACAUGGUUGUGGAAGAUUGCAAAACAUAUUCCUUCGUGGAUUGCCCAAUCUGGAGGAACUGGACCUCUCUGGUACAGCCAUUAAAUCACUUGACCUCCAUUUCACUAUAAUAGAUUUCCCGAAACUCAAGAAGCUAUUCCUACUGGGCUGUGAGCAUCUCCGUUGUCUAAGAUGGAAGUGGUGUCAGAGAUUGGAAGUUCUACAUGUGGACACGCAUGGGGAGAAAAGAUCAAUGAUCUGUUGUGAAGGACAGAGAUCAUUUGGCUUUCAGGCAUGUAUUGCAUUUUCAGAUGGAAGGUUCAUUUGGUCGGCCCUUGAUGGAAUCUAUACAAGGCUAGGAGGUCACUUCAAGUUCUACCUCCUUAUCUCUUGUACAAGCCAUAGCCAAGCCAAUAUCACUAGAAGUAUCCAAGGUAUUGGCUCUAGCCAAGAGGAUAAUUUGGUUGCAACAAGGUCGCUGUUACCAUAUGAUGAUAUCCCCCUUGCUGAAGAUGUAACUUGCUUGUCCUUAGUGUGGUACUGUCGCCAGGUUCAAACUUUCGAUCUGCAUAUCGAGAUUGGUGAAGGAAGCUACAAUUUAGGGAGUAUGGAGGGCAGUGAAAAUUUCAGAGCUUUCGCGCUCCAUGUUCAGUCAUUGCAUGUGCAUGACAAUUCCUCCAUCACUGCUUUCCCAGGAGUACAUUGGAGCAGACUAGAAUGGUGUCAUGUUGAGAGAUGCCCCAGGCUACACUCCUUGUUUUCUUCCCGGGGCGGAUAUGGUAUGAAGACGUUUUCCGCGUCGAAUCUCCUGGUGGCCUAUUGCAUCUGGCCUAGUGCUACUUAUCACCAACAGCUACAGCACAUAUACCUUUACAAUUGCCCCAGGCUGGUGUUCGCCUUCCCCAUUUGCUGCACCUUGCCCAGCCUGGAGACCCUCCAGAUCGCGUACUGCAGUAACCUCUGGCAUGUUUUCCCAACGGACCACGAGUUCCCUGAGGAUGAGGAAAUAACAUCUGGUGUCACAUUCAACAACCUGAAGUACAUCAAGCUACACCAUCUUCACAAGCUGGAGCAGAUAUGUGAGGCCAGAUUGACUGCACCUGCGUUGCAGACGGUCGGCAUCAGGGACUGCUGGGGUCUCAGGCGCCUUCCGGCUGUAGCGCGUGAAGGCUCUAAGCCGGUUGUGGACUGCGAGAAGGACUUGUGGGACAGCCUCGAGUGGGAUGGCCUGGAUGCCGGACAUGACCCGUCGCUCUUCGAAACGCACCACUCGGCCUACUACAAGAAGACCCUCCCAAGGGGCUCCUAUCUAAGGUAAUCCGCCGAUGCGCUGCUCUGGCGUGUGUUGCUCUCUGGUGCAAUGCAAGGAGGUUGGGUUAGGCGAAGCAUCAAUUUUGUUGUUGCUACAAGUCCUGGUCCAGAGUGUUUCUCCAGCUGCAUGUGUGUUUCCAAAUUAAGUGUGUUUGUGCCGCCGCUGCUGCUUGCACGGAGAAUAAAUGGUGUGUUUCUUUUUCACCAAGCUGCCUUCAUCUUGGUAUAUGAUGGAUUGGAUUGGUGUCUUGUGCUGCUACUUGGAGCGCCGGCUUUCCACGUCUUGGGUGUGGAUUCACAGCCCAGUUGGUUUGUCUUGGUUUGAUGACACUGUUUGAAAUAAGAGGAUUUGUGCGCAUUGGUGCGCGUCAACCCAAUGUGUGUGGUGUGUGACUGAUGAACCUUAAAUUCAGGUUGGUUUCAUGUAUGUGUUGUUGAUGACACAACAUAUCUUAUAUUAUUGUGAUGAGUUGUUGUGUGGUUU